AAUAUCAGUCACAUUCUGAGUGUGGAUCGCUAUCAAGUGUUGUGUUGAAUUUAUAUAUUUCCGAAAUGUUUGCACGCCCAUUGCAAAGCAUCACCACUAUUAAAGAACAACAAAAACAAAGCCAAUCCUUUGAUGGACCCUAUCAGUACAAAAUAUCAGAUCAUGGAUACGGCAAAGAUGCGGUCAAGGUAUUACAUGUUCAAAGAAACGGUCCAGUGCAUACAAUAAAAGAAUUUGAAGUCGGUACACAUCUGAAACUAUACAGCAAAAAGGACUAUUUACAGGGCGAUAAUUCCGAUAUUGUUGCAACAGAUUCGCAAAAAAAUACUGUAUAUCUCCUAGCCAAGAAACACGGCAUUGAGAAUCCCGAAAAGUUUGCUCUUUUACUGUCUAAACACUUUUUAAAUAAGUAUUCGCAUGUUGAGGAAGUGCAUAUACAUAUUGAUGAGUAUCCCUGGCAACGGAUAUGUCAGGAGGAAACUGGUUGCACAGAUACUACAGGUAUAAAUGACAGCAACUUUAGUUCCUUUAACAAUCGACCAAAGCAUAACCAUGCAUUUGUGUUUACACCAACCUCACUACGUUACUGUGACGUAGUAAUGCGCAGAAAUGAUCCAAAACAAACAGUAAUAAGUGGCAUUAAGGGCUUACGUGUGCUAAAAACCACGCAAUCUUCUUUUGUAAACUUUGUCAAUGACGAAUACCGUUCACUGCCCGACCAAUAUGAUCGCAUAUUUAGUACAGUCGUCGAUUGCUCGUGGGAGUACUCGCACACAGAUAAUUUAAAAUUCUGUCAAUCCUGGAAUACCGUUAAAAAUAUAAUUAUCAAAAAUUUUGCUGGUGAUCCAAAUGUUGGCAUUUCUUCACCAUCAGUACAGCAUACUUUAUAUUUGACAGAGAAGGAAGCCCUCGACGUCAUUCCACAAAUAUCUGUUAUCUCAAUGACAAUGCCAAAUAAACAUUACUUCAAUUUUGACACAAAACCUUUUCAAACUGUAGUACCAGGGGACAAUAAUGAAGUAUUUAUACCGGUCGACAAACCUCACGGCACAAUCUAUGCUCAAUUGGCGCGCAAAGAUUUGAUUAGUCAUUUAUAGAGAACUUAUGUAAAAAAUUUUAAUAUAUGUAAAACAUUUGUUUUAUAAAUAAAA